AUGCUCUCCUGGUUGGCCGAUGGAAACACGUCGCUAAAGAGGCUCAACAAGUUCCUGCGACUGCCUGAACUCGCCGACACGACCACUCCCGAUCAGGACGGCCGCAUAGCAGACUCCGCGAUCUGCAUCGAGGACGGGCGCUUCGAGUGGGAACAAUUCGAGGAAGAAGACGAACACGACAAUAACGAAGGCGAAGAAGAUAACGACGAUAGCAGGCCUCUCCUCGACCGACCAAUUCAAGCAGACAUUGAUUCAAGCGAAGUACAAGAAUUGCUGUCGGCCGAGGCAGAGGCGGAAGACCAGAAAGCUGCGGCGUCGUUCCAGCUGCAAGGGAUCAACGUGGAGGUGAUGCAUGGCGAACUGGUAGCCAUCGUGGGUCCGGUGGGCAGCGGCAAAACGUCCAUGCUCAACUGCAUGCUGGGCGAGAUGAAGCGCACCGCCGGUCGCAUGACCCGUGGCGCUGAGCUGGACAUCAGCUACGCAAGCCAGCGCGCGUGGAUCAGAAACGCCACGGUCAAGGAUAACAUUGUGUUCAACCAGCCCUUUGACCUUAAGCUCUACCGCGACGUCAUUCGGGUGUGCGCUCUCUCCGAAGACCUUCGCAUUUUGCCCGCGGGCGACUUGACGGAGAUCGGCGAGAAGGGAGUCAACCUGAGCGGAGGUCAGAAGCAGCGCAUCUCUCUCGCCAGAGCUGUCUACUCCUCGUGUCUGUGCCAUAACGACUCCAUCAGUACGAGGAUCGUGUUGAUGGACGACGUGCUGUCAGCCGUGGACGCCCACGUCGGGCAACACAUAUUCUUCGAGUGCAUCGCGGGCAAGCUCAAGGGCGUGACGCGAGUGUUGGCCACGCAUCAGCUGCAGUACCUGCCGCACGUGGACCGCAUCUUGAUCAUGCACGACGGCGCCGUGCAAGCCUCGGGAACCUACCACCAGGGAGUCGACUUCGUGGGGCUGCUCGAGAAGAAGAAGCUAGGCGCAGACAACGAGAACGAGGAUGAGGAUGAGCGAGCUAUGAUGGCCGGCGGUCAUGAUGAGGUCGAAGGCCCUGGCGAUGACAUCGUUGACGAGGGCGACGUCCAUUCGGCGGCAUCGGAUGAUAAGGAGAUGAUGCAAAAGGGCAAGCUGAUCGACGACGAGGAGCGGAAGACGGGCGCUGUGGAAUGGAGGGUCUACGGUGAAUAUCUGCUGGGAUGUGGUGGCGUGCCCUUCCUCCUGUUCCUCUUCGUCGUUUCCCUCUGUCUCGAGGGAGCGACGCAGUUCGUGAACCUGUGGCUGGCCCACUGGUCCAAUCACGCACAGGAGGCCGACACCACCCUGUACCUCUGCAUCUACCUCGGGGCCAUGAAUGCAUGUCAGGCGGGCAUGGCGGCGAGCGUGGUGGCGCUCGUGAGGCAGUUCGCAUGGUUCAAGAGCGCACUCGACUGCGCUCGCCAGCUGCACGAUCGCCUCCUGGAGGCGGUCAUUCGUGCGCCCAUGUCAUUCUUCUUCGCCACGCCCACGGGUCGCAUCGUGACGCGGUUCUCGAAGGACCAGGGCACGGUGGACAGCGAGAUCCCCGACAUGGUAUCGGACUUCUUCCUGUGCCUGUUCUCAUCGGUGGCCACGCUGGCGGUGAUCUGCGGCGUGCUGCCGUGGUUCCUCGUGCCCGCGGUCCCCGUCAUGGCGGUCUACUGGUGGGUCAUGCAGAACUACCGCAAGGCCUCCCGUGAGCUGGGCAGGCUGGAGUCAUUGACUAGCGCACCGAUCUACGCGCACUACUCGGAAACUCUGGAGGGUCUGGACACCAUACGAGCCUUCGGCUUCCAGCACCUAUUGAAGAAGGAGAAUGAGGGCCUGCUCAUCACCAACCUGCGAGCCUACUUCUGCUAUUCGACCUCCCACCGUUGGCUGGCUCUGCGAGUGGACGCGAUCGGGGCGGCAAUUGUGGUGGCCAUCUGCGUGCUGAGCCUGAUCACCAAGGGUUCGGUGAGCAGCGGCUUUGUCGGACUAGUCCUGGCACUGGCGGGCAGCAUCACCGAAAAUCUGGGCUGGUUCGUGCGAUCGGGCACCAUGCUGGAGUCCAACAUGAACCGAGUGGAGCGCAUCCUCCACUACACCAACAACACCGCGCCCGAGGCCCCGCUUGUGCUCGCCGAGGGCCAGCGCUGGGACGCGCGGCACAAACGGCUGAUCGCGGGCGACGCCGAUGACGACCACAGGCACUUCUUUGACUCUCGGGAGGAUCUGGAGGAAGGCCAUCACUACCACGAGGCGGAUACCCAUGACGACACCAGCGAGGCCGCGUGGCCUACCGAAGGUCGCAUCGAGUUUAGGAACGCGUGGAUGCGCUAUCGCCACGACCUGACGCCCGUGCUCAAGGGCAUCAACCUCACCAUCGAAGCCCGACACAAAGUGGGCGUGGUGGGGAGGACCGGGGCGGGCAAGUCGUCGCUGAUCAACGCCCUCUUCCGCCUGGUCGAACUCGACGACGGUGCCAUCUGCAUCGACGGCCGAGACAUCAGCACCCUCGGGCUCCACCAGGUGAGGUCGGCACUGUCGAUCAUCCCGCAGGACCCGGUGCUGUUCUCGGGCACCAUCCGCUCCAACAUCGACCCCUUUGCCGCCUACGCCGCGGCUGGCGACGGGGACCUCUCUGACGACCACGACGCCUCCCUGUGGCAUGCGCUCGACAAGGUGCACCUGCGCGACUUUGUGCAGAGUCUGCCACUCGGUCUGGCCACCAAGGUGGAGACCAACGGGGCCAACCUGUCGGUGGGCCAGCGGCAACUGGUGUGCAUGGCGCGGGCGCUGCUGCGGCGGGACAGCCGGGUGCUGAUCCUGGACGAGGCGACGGCGAGCGUGGACAACAAGACCGACCGGGCGAUCCAGGAGACGCUGCGGCGCGAGUUCGGCGGGCGCACCGUGGUGGUGAUCGCCCACCGACUCCACACCGUCAUUGACCUCGACCGCAUCCUGGUGAUGGAAGAGGGAGAGGUGGUGGAGUACGGGACGCCGUGGGAGCUCUUGGCCAAGCAGGAGGAGGGAGCGUUCGCACGGCUGGUGGCUCGCACGGGCGCUGAGACGGCCCAGUUCCUCCGCGCGGAAGCCCACAAGGCCCACCUCAGCCGCGCCACACUCUCUUGA